AUGAAUAAGAAUAUUGGAAUAAUAAAUGAUGCUUAUUAAUAAAAGCUUAUUGAAUGCUUCGAAUUGGCAUAAAAUCAAAUAAAUGUAAUAUUAAUCAAUAAACUAGACUUCAUUCAAUAAAAUCGACUCUUAUUUAGAUUUAUUUCUUAAUAACAACUCUGAUUCAUUAAAUAUAAAAAAAACUGAAAAAAAACCUUUUGUACCUAUCCUUGACUUACCUUAAAUAAAAUUUGAGAAUUCAAACUUUGUUUAAUAAUUAUGUUUAGCCAUAUAACCCUUAAUCCAACUUAAUCCCAACAAUCAAAUAAAACUGAAGGAUUUAUCAUUAAAUGAACCAUAAACAAAUCAAGAAAUACAAUCACUCACUAAUAAAUCAAAUGGGAAAACCUACACUUAUCAACUAAUUCAACAAUAUUCAAUUUCAUAUAAUGAUUGGUGUGGUGCAAUAGCUAUUAAUAAAGAUUGCUCAAUAUUAUUGGCUGGAUGUAAUAAACAAAUUAAAGUAUUUGAAUUCAAGUAAGAUAUGAUCAAGCAAACUUAAAUUUUAAGUGAACAUAAAGAUUUAGUAUAUACUCUCAACUUUAUGAAGAAAUCAUAUUAGUUUAUAUCUGGGAGUUGUGAUAAAUCUAUCAUUAUAUGGUAAUAAAAUGAAAAUAAUUAAUGGGUUCCCUAAUACAUAUUAAACGGACAUUGUAAUAUUAUUUAUUGUCUAUUAUUAAAUAAUAAUGAAGAUUUAAUUGUAUCAGGAAGUGAGGAUAAUACAAUUAAAUUCUGGAUGAAAAAGAGUGAAUGGUAGUGUUAGUAAACAAUUAAAGAUCAUUCCGGUUCUGUAUUUGGUUUGAGUUUUAAUUAAUAAUAAAAUAGAGUUGUCUCUUGUAGUAGGGAUAAAUUAAUAUUCAUAAUGGAACAAUAAUUUUAGAAUAAGGAAUGGGUUGUAAUAUAAAAGAUUGUAGUUGAAUAAUAUGGAUAUAGAUUAUGCUUUAUUGAUAAUAAUAUGUUUACAUUCUCAUAGCAUGACAAAUUAUAGAUAUCUAUUUAUGAGAUGAACAGUGGAAGUCAAUAGUUUACAAAGACUAGAGAUAUUCAUAUAAAAUGUAGAUAAGGCGAUGAUUGUUUAUUUCCUUAAUUAUAUAUAAAUUCAAAAUGUAUCCUUGUGAGUAAAUAUGGCUAAUAUGUCAAUUUAAUAAGCAAGUAAUUAAAUGGAGAGUUCGCAACUGAAUAAUCUAUACAUUUCAAUACAAAUUCAUUAUUUGGAAAUAUGAGUGAUGAUGGAGAGUAUUUGAUUACUUGGGAUAAUAACUCAAAGUAAAUCCAAAUCAGAAGAUAUCAAGAAUAAUGA